AAAAUUUAAAGGGCGCAGAAUCAAAUUUCCCACCUUCAUCGUCUCCUUAUAUUCGCUCAACCGGAGAAACCCUAAUUUCGCUAUAGUUGGUCGGCUGCUACAACCUGAGGCCACUUCCCCUGGAUCAAGAUGAAGUUCAAUAUUGCGAAUCCGACUACUGGGUGCCAGAAGAAGCUCGAAAUCGACGAUGACCAGAAACUCCGGGCAUUCUUCGAUAAGAGAAUAUCCCAAGAAGUUAGCGGUGAUGCUCUGGGUGAGGAAUUCAAGGGCUAUGUGUUCAAAAUCAUGGGAGGCUGCGACAAGCAAGGGUUCCCUAUGAAACAGGGUGUGCUGACCCCUGGACGUGUCCGUCUCUUGCUUCACAGAGGUACGCCUUGCUUCCGUGGAUAUGGCAGGAGAAAUGGAGAGCGAAGAAGGAAGUCUGUCCGUGGCUGCAUCGUUAGCCCUGACCUCUCAGUUCUCAACUUGGUUAUUGUGAAGAAAGGGGAGAAUGAUCUUCCCGGUUUAACCGACAUUGAGAAGCCAAGAAUGAGAGGCCCCAAGAGAGCAUCGAAGAUCAGGAAGCUGUUUAACCUCUCAAAGGAGGAUGAUGUCAGGAAAUACGUCAACACCUAUCGCCGAACCUUCACAACUAAAUCUGGCAAGAAUGUAAGUAAGGCACCGAAGAUUCAGAGGCUGGUGACUCCAUUAACACUUCAGAGGAAGCGUGCAAGAAUUGCAGAGAAGAAGAAGAGAAUUGCCAAGGCCAAAGCAGAGGCGGCUGAGUACCAGAAACUUCUCGCGACCAGGUUGAAGGAGCAGAGGGAGCGACGCAGUGAGAGCUUGGCGAAGAAGAGAUCGAGACUCUCUGCUGCCUCAAAACCAUCAGUUGCUGCCUAGGUCAGAGCUUAGGUGGGUCCUUUUUGGCCAUUUUUUUUUUAAAUUUCAAUGCUCUAGCAGAACUCUUUUAGAAGCUGAGAUACGGAACUUGGUUUCAUGAUGUUAUAUUUUCGCGUUUCAAUCAAUGUUAAACUAAUCACAUCUUCGCACCUGCUUGUACGGGCUUGUUGAACUAAA